CGCCGCUGUGGUCACGUACAAACGACGUGACAAUAAUAUAUAUACAACAACAAAAGCACAAGUUACGUUACGUACGUUGUAUGGCUAAAGCUGCUCAGCAGUUACUAGCAGCUCCAUCGGCCGCGGUUCCUGGAAUCCCUGCAGGAUCGUUGUUUUGGGACAUCAGGUGCAGCUUCCACUCCCUCACGGCCGUCCUCAUCGUCGGCCUUGUCAUCGGAGUCGUUUUCUUGGCCGGGGAGACCCAAAACUUCUUGUCCGUGUUAAACCUGCAACAAAAUACCGGUGCUAUUAACCACUCGUCUUCGUCUACUAAGUGCGAUUUGUUUUCAGGAAAAUGGGUUUACGACAACAAGUCUUACCCUUUGUACAAGGAGCAAGAAUGCACCUUCAUGUCUGAUCAGCUGGCUUGCCAGAAAUUUGGCAGAAAGGACUUGGAUUACCAGCAUUGGAGGUGGCAACCCGAUCAUUGCGAUCUCCCAAGGUUCAACGCCACAGAAGUGCUGGAGAGACUGAGGAACAAAAGGCUUGUUUAUGUUGGGGAUUCACUGAAUAGAGGGCAAUGGGUUUCCAUGGUUUGCCUUCUUGAUUCUGCCAUCCCACCAUCUCUCAAAUCCAUGCACUACAAAUACAAUUCUUCCUUGACCAUUUUCAAGGCUAGGGAAUACAAUGCAAGCGUUGAGUUCUACUGGGCACCGUUGCUGGUGGAGUCGAAUUCCGACGACCCAACGCACCACCGGCUGCCGGAGCGCAUAGUGAGGGCCAACGCAAUCGAGAAGCACGGCAGCCGGUGGACCGACGCCGAUUUUCUCGUCUUCAACACCUACCUCUGGUGGACACGCCCCGGCAUCAAAGUCUUAUGGGGCUCGUUUGAAAGGAGCGGUGAUGGAAUCUACAAAGUCAUAGAAAUGCAGCGGAGCUAUGAGAUGGCUUUAAAGACCUGGUCUGACUGGCUGGAAAUCCAUGUCAAUCGCUCCAAAACCCAAUUAUUUUUCAUUACCAUGUCCCCUGUCCACGAAAGGGCGGAAUUGUGGGGAAAAGAAGAAGGCGAGAAUUGCUAUGGAGAAACGGAGCUAGUGGAGGAAGAGUACUUGCAGCGCCAGGUAAACGUAACAGAUACGAAGAUGAUGGAGACAGUGCAAUCCACCAUUAAUGGGCUGAAAGGGAGAGGCUUACAAGUGCAGCUGAUGAACAUAACACAGCUCACACGAUAUAGGAGGGAAGGCCACCCAUCAAUCUACAGAAAACAAUGGGAGCCUUUAACUCAGGACCAAAUUGCAAACCCAAGUACCUAUGCAGAUUGCAUACAUUGGUGCCUUCCUGGAGUUUCUGAUGUUUGGAAUGAACUCCUCUAUGCUCACAUUUUCAACUAUGUGUAACAUAUCUACUAUUUUUGGCAUUGUAUGUAAUUGACCAUUUUUUGUCCUUCCAACUAUAACUCACUUCUUUCCA